CUCCGCUCCGGGCCAGGUCUAUGUCCCGGUUUCCCGCCGUCGCGGGCAGGGCGCCGAGGCGGCAGGAGGAGGGUGAGCGGUCAAUAGACCUUCAGGAAGAGCGGCCUUCGGCUGUUUCCAUCGCUGAUAGAGAAGAGAAAGGAUGCACAUCACAGGAGGGAGGAACUACUCCAACUUUUCCUAUUCAAAAACAAAGAAAAAAGCUUAUUCAAGCUGUGAGGGACAAUUCAUUCCUUAUUGUUACUGGAAAUACAGGAAGUGGUAAAACCACUCAACUCCCAAAAUAUCUAUAUGAAGCAGGGUUUUCACAACAUGGUAUGAUUGGGGUGACUCAGCCACGAAAAGUAGCUGCUAUAUCAGUUGCUCAGAGGGUUGCUGAAGAAAUGAAAUGCACUUUGGGAUCCAAAGUAGGGUACCAAGUCCGUUUUGAUGAUUGCAGCUCUAAGGAAACUGCAAUCAAAUAUAUGACUGAUGGAUGUUUACUGAAACAUAUUCUGGGAGAUCCAAAUCUUACCAAGUUCAGCGUCAUCAUUUUAGAUGAAGCCCAUGAGAGAACUCUAACUACAGACAUCUUAUUUGGCUUAUUAAAGAAAUUAUUUCAGGAGAAGUCUCCUAACAGGAAAGAGCAUUUGAAGGUUGUGGUGAUGUCAGCAACUAUGGAAUUAGCCAAGCUCUCUGCAUUCUUUGGAAAUUGUCCAAUAUUUGAUAUACCUGGAAGGCUUUAUCCAGUCAGAGAAAAAUUCUGCAAUUUGAUUGGCCCACGAGACAGAGAAAAUACUGCAUAUAUCCAAGCGAUUGUGAAAGUGACCAUGGAUAUCCAUUUGAAUGAAAUGGCUGGAGACAUAUUGGUUUUCCUGACUGGUCAGUUUGAAAUUGAAAAAAGUUGUGAGUUACUUUUUCAGAUGGCGGAGUCUGUUGACUAUGAUUAUGAUGUUCAAGAUACAACUCUGGAUGGUUUGUUAAUAUUGCCAUGUUACGGAUCUAUGACAACAGAUCAGCAGAGGAGAAUAUUUUUGCCACCUCCACCUGGAAUUAGAAAAUGUGUCAUAUCCACCAAUAUUUCUGCAACAUCUUUGACAAUAGAUGGAAUCAGAUAUGUGGUAGAUGGUGGCUUUGUGAAGCAGUUAAAUCACAAUCCCAGAUUAGGGUUGGAUAUCCUGGAGGUGGUUCCAAUUUCAAAGAGUGAGGCGUUACAGCGAAGUGGUCGAGCUGGCAGGACUUCCUCAGGAAAAUGCUUUCGGAUCUAUAGUAAAGAUUUUUGGAACCAGUGUAUGCCUGACCAUGUGAUCCCUGAGAUCAAGAGAACUAGUUUGACAUCUGUAGUUCUGACCUUAAAGUGCCUUGCCAUACACGAUGUUAUAAGGUUUCCCUAUUUGGAUCCACCUAAUGAGAGGCUUAUUUUGGAAGCUCUUAAACAACUUUACCAGUGUGAUGCUAUUGACAGGAGUGGCCAUGUGACCAGAUUGGGUUUGUCUAUGGUGGAAUUUCCUCUCCCUCCACAUCUGACAUGUGCAGUAAUCAAGGCUGCUUCUCUAGAUUGUGAAGAUCUACUACUUCCAAUAGCAGCAAUGUUGUCUGUGGAAAAUGUCUUCAUUAGACCUGUUGAUCCAGAGUACCAGAAGGAAGCAGAACAAAGACAUCGAGAAUUGGCAGCUAAAGCUGGAGGAUUUAAUGACUUUGCAACUUUAGCUGUCAUCUUUGAACAGUGCAAAUCAAGUGGAGCUCCAGCUUCGUGGUGCCAAAAACACUGGAUUCAUUGGAGAUGCUUAUUUUCAGCAUUUCGUGUUGAAGCUCAACUUCGAGAACUAAUCAGGAAGCUUAAACAGCAAAGUGAUUUCCCAAGAGAGACCUUUGAAGGCCCUAAACAUGAAGUACUACGGAGAUGUCUUUGUGCAGGCUAUUUCAAAAAUGUAGCUCGAAGAUCUGUUGGGAGAACAUUUUGCACAAUGGAUGGGCGUGGAAGCCCAGUCCACAUUCAUCCUUCCUCAGCACUUCAUGAACAAGAAACCAAACUCGAAUGGAUCAUUUUUCAUGAGGUAUUAGUUACCACCAAAGUCUACGCAAGAAUUGUGUGUCCAAUCCGUUAUGAAUGGGUGAGAGACUUGUUACCCAAGUUGCAUGAAUUUAAUGCACAUGAUUUGAGCAGUGUGGCCCGACGUGAAGUGAGAGAAGAUGCAAGAAGGAGAUGGACAAAUAAGGAAAAUGUAAAGCAUCUAAAGGAUGGAAUCUCAAAAGAAGUCCUAAAGAAAAUGCAAAGAAGAAAUGAUGAUAAGUCCAUAUCAGAUGCACGUGCUCGUUUCCUUGAGCGAAAGCAGCAGAGGUCCCAGGAUCACAGUGACACACGGAAGGAAACAGGCUAAGCAGUGAAUCCUCCAAUUCAGGAAGUAGGAAAAGCAGCCAGGAAAUGUGCUUCUACUUUGACAUUUAUAUUAAAUAGCACUACCAAGAGGAAGGGGUCAGCAGCUGUUAUUAGCAUAUGAGCUAAAAGCAAAUCAAAGUUCACCAAUACCAAUAAAUGGAAUUUUCAAAGAAAAGAUUGAGUUGCCAUAGUCCUAGGCAAUGAUAUACAAAACCAAUGAAAGACAAUACAUGUGAUAUUUUCCUCACUUCAAUUUUGCUGGCCUUAACUGGUAUCAAAUGCUGUCACUGAGGUAUUUUCAAAGAACAUUGAAUUGUAUUUAAUCAGCGUGUAUUCCAUUUGCAUUUGAAGCAUUAAAAAUUAUUUUCCUUAAAUCUCUUUAAAGCCUUCUUGUUGCUAUUAGAAUAGUAUUAUAUCAGGUUAUCAGGUAUGUGACCAUUUCCUUCAGAAGGCUAAACAUAAGAGGUUUUUACUCAGCAAUACUUAGAUGUCUAACUGUUUAAUUGCUACAGAGCUUUAUAGAUAUUUAGAGAAAAGACUUAAUCAACUAGUAAAUAAGAAAAUUGCCUAUGGCAAGAUUCUUUGUUGAAUUAUUAUUAAUCCUUAAAUUGAUUUUUCUGGGAUUAUACAAAUUCCUUUUUAUAUAAAAAUAUAUUGUUUAAAACAGUAGCUAUAGCCAUUAACCAAAGGACAGAUGAUAUAUGUAUUUUUUUUGUUUUGUUUUUGUUUUUGUUUUUUAGCUGUCCCUACAUACUUGUAUCAGCACCACGUAUGUAGGCAUGACAGUUGCAAACAGCCCCUCCACCUGGCCUAGUCUCUUGCCUCCAGCUGCUUGGGUAUGACCAUUUAAACAUCUGUUAUGCUGAUCUUGAGAUGGGAUUUUUUUCAAAGCAGCCAACACCAGAUCACCAGUGUUUCAAAUUGGAACCUUGAGGCUAGUUAUGUCACACUCAGGCCACAGUCAGCACUUGCCCCUCUGUUGUUUACUGCCUUGUAUUCUAGUUAUUUGUGUAUUUGUCUGUCUCCCCCACUAGAUUAUACGCUCCUUGUGGGCAGGGACUAUGUCUUUUUCAUAUCUGUAUCUUUCAUGGCACCUAGCACAGUGCUUUGCACAUAGUAGUCUCUCAAUGUUUGUUAAAUAAAGCUAUUAGUGUCAUUAAAAUUCAAAAGGCA